AUGCACUUCAACGUCCGCUCCCAGGCUCACCGCCUCGCGGCGCGCAUGAACCCCGACGACCUCGCGGACAUCCAGGCUCAGGCUUCCAAGGACUCCGCCCUCGCUGCCGGCCAGACGGCGAGCGCCCCCAAGGACGACUCGAACAAGUACCCGACCGCUGUUCGUCCCUCCACGACGGCCGCCGCCACGACCCCCGCUGCCCAGCCCACCACCAGCAAGGCUGCCGUCCCCAACUCGGCCGAGACCAAGCCCAAGGACACGGCCGUGCCCUCUUCGGACGAGAAGAAGCCGACUGCCAACGUCGCCGCGCCCCCCGCCGCGCAGACCAGCAGCAAGGCCGCCCCGUCGUCCGACUCGCCCUCUUCGGCUGAACCGUCGACUGAUGAGAAGGAGAACACCCCCUCGACCGAGGACAAGGCCACGCCCAGCCGUUCUCCGGUCAGCACCCCUUCCGAGGAUGUGGAGGCUGAGUCUCCUUCUCCUUCCGCGACCCGUGCCACGAGCGCUGACCGUAAGCUUUCUAGCUCUUCUCUGACCGCCUCGCCAUCCACCUCGGCGAGCGCCAAGUCCUUCAAGCCCAUUGCGGCGUCGUCCGCCGCGGCCACGGAGGCGGCCCAGUCGUCCGGCAUGUCUGGCGGCGCCGUUGCUGGUAUCGUUAUCGCUGUUCUGCUCGGUGUUGCUGCUGUCGCCAUUAUCGCCGGCUGGUACCUGCGCCAGAAGAAGCGCCAGGAGCGCCAGGUCAACAACCCUUGGGGCCGCAUGAACAACUCGUCGGACGACAACAUUACGCCCUUCCCGGCCUACACCGAGAAGCCCGACGACUACUAUGGCGACAACGACGCGCCCGUUAUCGGCAGCAACCGUGCUCUUGCGCUCGCGCGCCAGAAUGCGUUCUACGCUGAUGGCACGCCCCGCCCCGACUCGACGGCCAUGAACCCCAACUUUGCUGGCUACGGCGCUGGACGCUCUUACGGCCCCUACCCCACCGCUCAGCCCGGCACGCCCCACUCGCACCACCUCUCGGAGCAGCAGGGCCCGUACCAGGACAACCCGUUCCACGACCAGUAUCAGUACCAGGACGACGCGCAGCUUGUGCAGCUCCACGACCACUCUGGCCCGCGCCAGCUCGUCGGACCCGGCCAGGCUUACGGAGCCGGCGGUGUCCCUGUUCCUGUCCCCGCUCCAGUUCCGCUUGGCCGCCCCGAGGCUCCCCAGACCUAUGACGACAUUGCCGCCGCCGAGGCCUACGCCGACGACCGCUAUGCCGAUGACCACCUCCCUGCUCAGCACUCUGCUGCGGCUGUCAUGCCCGCUGCCGUUGCUACUGGUGUCGCCGCUGGCGCUGCUGCCCACCACGGCCAGCACCAGCAGCAGCAGCAGCCGGAGCAGGCCCGUCUCAUCGACACUGGUUCGUCUGACGAGCACCACAUGCCCGACCCGACCCCCCUGCCUCAGCUCCGCCCGAUGUCGCCGCUCAUGCCCCUCGUCGACGUUGACCAGCAGUCGUCCGCGCACGGCCACGGCCAGCCUUCGAACCUCGCCACCGCGGCUCCCGUGAACGCGCACCACAGCUCGCCCUCUUCGGACGAGAUGGACCGGAUGUACAACGAGGUGGCCAACUACGCUGGUGUUCCCCAGCCCUCGGCCGAGCAGGGCGUGCAGGAGGCGACCCGCCUCCCGCCCCAGCCGUACGUGCACGGCCAGCCUCUGACGCCGCUCGCCGAGCUCCCCACGCCGAAGAGCGAGACCGCCUCCCUCGCCCCGGCAGUCACGGGCCCGGUCCAGGCCGCCCCGCCCGCGACCCGCGCGCUCCCCACUCCGCCCACGCAGGCGCAGGCGCCUGCCCCCGCCGCUGCUGCUCCCCCCGCCAAGGCGGACGAGGAGGACGCCUACGGCGGUAUCUAG